AUGGAAGCAAGCAGAGAAGAGGCUCUCAAAGCGAAAGAGAUCGCUGAAAAACGAUUUGCUGAAAAAGACUUCUUGGGCGCAAAGAGUUAUGCCCUAAAGGCUAAAACAUUGUAUCCAGAUUUGGAAGGUAUAUCCCAAAUGGUGGCAACUUUUGAAGUUUACAUUGCUUCUCAGGUCAAAUGUAAUGGAGAAAUUGAUUACUACUCAAUUCUUGGGUUGAAGCCUUCUGCUGAUAAGGAGGCAGUGAAGAAACAGUACAGGAAGAUGGCUGUUUUACUCCAUCCUGAUAAGAAUAAAUGUGUUGGAGCUGAUGGGGCAUUCAAACUUCUAUCUGAAGCCUGGACUUCCUUGUCAGAUUGCAUUAAGAAAGGAUCUUAUGAUAUCAAAAGAAACAAGCAGGCAGGGUCUGGGGUUGUUCAUACCAAUUCAGCAUAUGCUGCUGGCACUCCAGGUGUCAGUAGUUGUCCCAAUUCAUCGACGUCUCUUGGUAGACUUGACACUUUCUGGACUGUUUGCACCUCUUGUAAGGUUCAGUAUGAGUAUCUGCGAAAAUAUGUUAAUAAGAGACUUUCAUGUAAGAACUGCAGGGGUACGUUUGUUGCUGUUGAGACUGGGGCUGCCCCAGUUCAUGGUUCUUUUCCUUAUUGUCCUUGGUCCUAUGUGCCAACAAAUGGGUACAGUGGUCAUGGAUAUGAUGGAGUACCAUAUAUGCCAGCCAACACCACGUAUUUCCCAGGAAAUGGAGUCUCAGGUUAUCAUUCUGGGCAUGGAUAUGAGUACGUUUCAAAUGUGUCUUUUCAGUGGAGUUCAUUCUCAGGAACUUCCACUGGAAUUGUUGAUACUAAUGGGGUAUCUACCAUAUCCACUGAUUCUGUUUAUCGAGCCUGUAAUGGAGAUGCUAAUAAAGGAAGAGCUAUUGCCAAUGGGAAAUGUUCUGUGAAGAAUGCUGCCACUAAUAUAAUAAACUCAAAUGUUUCCAAUGGUGGGAUUGAAUCUUCAGGAUUGAAGACCAGCAGACCUGAGAAGAAAAGGAAGGUUGUCAUGGGAUCUGGUUCUAGGAAUGGUUGUGAGGAAAGUGGAGUUAGUUAUUCUUCAGAAGCAAAAGUAGCAAAUGAGAGUUCUAGUGUUGUGUAUGAACCCAAACCUUCUAUCCCAAAUGAAGUUCCUGCUAGACGCUUCUCAGCUGCACCAGCAUUUGAUGCAAGAAAAUUAUUGAUUGACAAAGCCAGGGCACAAAUUCAAAAGAAGUUGGAGGAGAUGAGGUUGGCAUCAGAGGCAGCAGCUGCUGCUGCACUAACAGAAAACAGGAAAAUGAUCUAUGAAGCUGCUCAAUUCUCAAAGGUCGGAGAGGCAUCAGAAAGAAGAGAUAUGACUGUUUCUGGUGGUCAACCAGGACCAAAUAAAAAUGGGCCAGUAUCAAUAGUAGUCCCUGAUUCUGAUUUCCAUGAUUUUGACAGAGAUAGAUCAGAGGAGUGCUUCAAACCGAAGCAAAUAUGGGCGAUUUAUGAUGAAGAUGAUGGUAUGCCUCGCUUGUAUUGUCUGAUUCGCGAGGUCAUCUCAACUAAACCAUUUAAAAUUCAUAUCAGUUACUUGAACUCGAAAACAGAUAGUGAAUUUGGAUCAGUGAAUUGGAUAGAUUCUGGGUUCACAAAGUCUUGUGGACACUUUAGAGCAUGGAACUCGGAUGUCGUGGAUCAAGUCAAUAUUUUCUCUCAUCUACUGAGAGGGGAGAAGGCUGGCAGGGGAGGUUGUGUUAGGAUAUUCCCCAAAAGUGGAGAUAUUUGGGCUGUUUAUCGAAAUUGGUCUCCAGAUUGGAAUAGAUCAACUCCGGAUGGUGUGAGGCACCAGUAUGAGAUGGUUGAGGUUCUUGAUGAUUACUCCGAACAGCUUGGAGUUUGUGUAUCACCCCUAAUCAAAUUGGCUGGGAGAAGGAAGUAA